AUGAUGGGUGGUACUGACAUAAUGCGGGCUGCGGUCAUCGCUACCUUGAUCGCUUGGUGCACUGCUUAUCCUCACAGGGGACUUUACGACAACAACAAUUACAACAACAACGAUGCAAAUCUCGACUAUUCGUACAGAAACUCGCUAUCUAAUGGCCUGAAUAACAACAACAACCUGCGUUCAAAUCUGAAUAAUCUGAACAAUAACAACAACAACCUGCGUUCAAAUCUGAAUAAUCUGAACAAUCUCUCCAGACGACAAGCAGUAGCGCUUGGCCCAGCUCCAAUCCGACCUCCGACAGCAGAUGAACUUAAAUAUCUUCCGAUAGUCCAUAGCCGACAGUUUGACGAGAUUGACGCGUCACACAUCCCCAUCGGAGGGAGGAGGACUCGAGACGGCCCCGUUCCCCGCAGAUUACUGUAA